CUACUGUCCAAACGCAACGCAACUGCGAUGCUGCUCAAGCGCAGCAGCAGGCAGUAGCCCCUCGACCCGGUACUAGAAGCGAUCGGCACUUUUCAGGUCCGCGGGUUUUGUGUCGCCAACAGCAAACAGAUGCUCAAAAUGUUGUCGCGGAAGGCGUCGGUCCACAGCAGAAAAUGAUCGCAGCGGAACUGGAUUACGCCAGAAUGCUAGAUCAGCGAAUGAAGAAAUAUCGUAAUAAGUGGCUACCUGGGAGCCGUCGAGUGCGGAAGUCGUGC